AUGUCUGAUCAAGACGUUCAUCCAAAUAAAUACAGUGAAUUACUAAGUAUCUGUAAAUACGACAUCGAUACAUAUAUUACAUUGUAUCAGCUAAAAACCGAAAAUGAAGAAGAAUUAAAUAAGAUUUACAAAAUGAUCAAAAAAGAAUUGAUUGAUUCAAAGAAAUAUCGUCCUCAAGAUAUUAUAAAAGAUAUUUUAGAUAUCAUUUACUAUAAUAAUCGCUAUACAAAGUCAUAUUUGUAUCUUGCAAAACUGAUAUCUGAUGAUUAUCAUGUCAAUGAGAUCGAAGAUUUCAAAAGUAUUUUAAAUUUCCUAUUUUACAAAGAAUAUGGAAUUAAAUUAGACAAAUUCGAUGAUUUCGAAAAAUGUAAAUUUGAAAAUCUCGAUAUUCAUACAGAUGAUACGAUUUACAGAGCAAUUAUGUAUAAUGACCUAGAAAGAUUCAUUUACUUCAUAGAAAAUGAAGGAUUUCAUCAAAAUCAAAUACUUAUAUGCAAAUUAUAUCCAUAUACUGGCAAAGGAUAUUCAUUACUUGAAUUAUGUUGUUACCAUGGAGCAGUUGAUUGUUUUAAAUUAUUAAGAACCAAAUUUAAAUCAGAAAUAACUCAAGAAUGUCUACAAUUUUCAUUUUUAGGAAGAAAUCAAGAGAUCAUGAGUGAAUGUUUGAAAUAUCAAGUACCAGAUAACAGAUGCAUGAAAUAUGCAAUUAUUUCACACAACAUUGAUUUUGUAACAUUCUUGAUGAAUGAAUACAAUAUGCCAAUCGAUUUAGAUUAUUGUGAAUGGCAUCGUAAUAUCGAAUCAUUUUUAGUUUAUUUCGAUCAAACUAAUGAUCUUAAUGAAUGCUUUAUUUAUUCGGUGAGCUUUAAUAUCACAUCUCUUUGUGAACAUUUCCUUUCACUUGGUGCAAAUAUCAAUGAAAUUAAUAAACAUGGAGAAACAGCUCUUCAUUAUGCAGCAGAAAAAAAUAAUAAAGAAAUAGCCGAACUUCUUAUUUCAUGUGGUGCAAAUAUCAAUGAAAAAAAUAAAUAUGGAGAAACAGUUCUUCAUUAUGCAGCAGAAAAAAAUAAUAAAGAAAUGGCUGAACUUCUUAUUUCAUGUGGUGCAAAUAUCAAUGAAAAAAAUAAAUAUGGAGAAACAGUUCUUCAUUAUGCAGCAGAAAAAAAUAAUAAAGAAAUGGCUGAACUUCUUAUUUCAUGUGGCGCAAAUAUCAAUGAAAAAAAUAAAUAUGGAGAAACAGUUCUUCAUUAUGCAGCAGAAAAAAAUAAUAAAGAAAUAGCCGGACUUUUUAUUUCAUGUGGCGCAAAUAUCAAUAAAAAAGAUAAUUAUACAAAAACCGCACUUCAUACUGCAGCAGAACAUAAUAAUAAAGAAACAGCCAAACUUCUUAUUUCAUCAGGUGCUAAUAUCAAUGAAAAAGGUAAUAUUGGAGAAACCGCUCUUCAUUAUGCAACAAGGUGCAAUAAUAAAGAAACAGUUGAACUUCUUAUUUCAUGUGGUGCAAAUAUCAAUGAAAAAAAUCAAUAUGAAGAAACCGCUCUUCAUUAUGCAACAAGGUAUUGUAAUAAAGAAAUGGCUGAACUUCUUAUUUCACUUGGUGCAAAUAUUAAUGAAAAAAAUAAAUAUGAAGAAACAGCUCUUCAUUAUGCAACAAUGUCCAAUAAUAUAAGUACAGUCGAACUUCUUAUUUCACAUGGUGCAACAACAUAUUAG